GCGAUGGGGGCCGCUAGUACACUUGAGCCGUUCACUGUUCCAGCCGAUAGUGAGGAAGACUACUGCGGAUAUUACGGCUAUUUCUACAGAACAGAUAAACAAACAUGUGAAUUUAUAUAGAAGACAUUUACUUAAAGAAAAUUAAUUCUUCCCUUAUCCUAUAAAUUUUCUUCAAUUUUUUCCUAGCGUCGACACUUUCUAGUGCGUUCGGUGAAAGAAAAUUAUCUGACUUCUUUCGAGCUAACGUUACACGAAGUUGUUUUGCCAAAAGAAGGACGAUGGGCUUUACAUCAUUCUUCAUCUGACUGCUGUCAGAGACCGGUGUCUGUGUUCAUCCCCAAAAGCCAAAGGGAGACUGUCAGGACUGUGAUUCAUUUGCUCCUAAGGUCACUUGAAUUGGACGUCUAAAGUCAUGGCUUGGGCUCUGAAACUGCCCUUGGCCGAUGAGGUGAUUGAGUCUGGUCUGGUCCAGGACUUUGAUGCCAGUCUGUCAGGGAUCGGCCAAGAGCUCGGAGCUGGUGCUUACAGCAUGAGUGAUGUGCUAGCUCUCCCCAUCUUUAAGCAGGAGGAAUCGAAUUUACCUCCGGAAAGUGACAAUAAGAUCCUUCCCUUCCAGUAUGUACUGUGUGCCGCGACCUCCCCUGCUGUCAAACUACACGAUGAGACGCUCACCUACCUCAAUCAAGGACAAUCUUAUGAGAUUCGAAUGCUGGACAAUCGAAAAAUGGGGGAGCUUCCUGAGAUCAAUGGGAAAAUGGUGAAGAGCAUCAUCCGCGUUGUGUUUCAUGAUCGCCGCCUUCAGUACACUGAACACCAGCAGCUGGAGGGCUGGCGCUGGAACAGGCCCGGAGACAGAAUCCUUGAUUUAGAUAUCCCGAUGUCAGUAGGGGUGGUCGAUCCCAGGGCAAACCCUACACAGCUCAACACUGUGGAGUUCCUCUGGGACCCCUCGACAAGGACCUCUGUGUUUAUUCAGGUCCACUGUAUAAGCACAGAGUUCACCAUGCGCAAGCAUGGAGGAGAGAAAGGAGUGCCGUUCCGUAUUCAAAUUGACACUUUCAAGGAGAAUGAGGCUGGGGAGUACACCGAGCAUCUGCACUCCGCCAGCUGCCAAGUCAAAGUUUUUAAGCCUAAAGGUGCGGACAGAAAGCAGAAAACGGACAGAGAAAAAAUGGAGAGACGAGCACCGCAGGAAAAGGAGAAAUACCAGCCUUCAUAUGAAACCACCAUUCUCACUGAGUGCUCUCCAUGGCCUGAGAUUACAUACGUCAACAAUUCCCCAUCACCAGGUUUCAACAGCUCCCAAAACAGCUUUCCUGUGAUCGAAGGAAAUGGUUCACCCACUCUCCAGCCGGAGCCUGUGGCGCAGUUAGCUGAUUUGUCGUCCCACCUAUUUAGAAGAGAGAGUGAAAGCAAUCAGAAUCUGUUGCCCACAGCAACACCACAGGAAGCACAGCAGUGGCUCCAUAGAAACCGUUUUUCACCAUUCUGCCGUCUCUUCUCAAACUUCUCGGGGGCCGAUCUUCUAAAACUGACCCGAGAGGAUGUCAUCCAGAUCUGUGGACCUGCUGAUGGCAUUCGGCUGUUUAAUGCACUCAAAGGACGGGUGGUCCGUCCAAGGCUCACCAUCUAUGUGUGCCAAGAGUCCCAACAGACUCGUGAACAGCACCAGAAACAUGAGAACGGAGACGGAUCUAGCAACACAUUCUUCGUGUAUCAUGCCAUCUAUCUGGAGGAGUUAAGAGCUGUGGAACUGACAGAAAAGUUGGCUCAGCUCUUCAGCAUCUCUCCAAGCCAGAUCAGUCAGAUCUUCAGGCAGGGACCCACUGGUAUCCAUGUGUUAGUCAGUGAUGAGAUGAUUCAGAACUUUCAAGAUGAGAUGUGUUUUGUCCUGGACACAAUGAAAGCUGAAACAAACGAUGGCUAUCACAUCAUUUUGAAGUGAAAACAAAGGAUGUGGGGGAGUGAACAGGCUCCUUAUUUUUUUCCUUAAGAUUCAACCCAGAGCCCUUUCCGUGCACACUUUCCUGGACGUUACCGAAGAUCGCUUGGGUUGGAAUAAUAAUGGAGGCGAUCAUGGGAAAGGAUAAAAGGCACCUUAUGCAUUUUAAAACCUUUACUGUUUUAUCCGUGGAGUGUGUGCUGCCUUGUUCCACCCCUUCCCAUUUACACUUGCAAAACAAAUUACAGAAUAUCUAUUUUACUAACUUUGCAUUUAUUUGCUUUAUUGCUGUUUUUAAAGGCAUAAAAAUG